UACUGUUCAUGAUCAUGGUCAUGAUGGCUCCACUAUCUCCCUAACCAAACACCUUGCAGCAUUAUGUAUAUAUAGCCCCAUUGAGAUCUUAUUGUAAUCACACACAACUGUCUUAUUCAUUCUAGUUCUCUUGCAUAGCAAGAAUCAGAAAGAUAAUCUGUUUCAAAGUGAGUAGAGUGUAAGCUUUGACAAUUAUUAAUGGAAGGUAAAGGACGAAUUGCAUCAUCCACUUCUUCUUCUUUAACCACCGAACUCUUCGGCUCCAGAGAUCCGUCGCCGCCAUCUUCUUCCUCUGGAAUCUUCUCCUCCAUUUUCCCUCAUCCCUCCAAGGGCGUUACAAGAGAUGGUCAAAGCUCCAAACAUGGCUCACAAGCUCAACGUAGAGAAUCUUCAAAUGUACAAGACAGAGUUGAGCCAUGCAAUCUAAGCUCUUCUCUUUACUACGGUGGUCAAGACGUAUACCCUCGAUCCACCACCAACCAAACUUACCCUACAGUUAAAAACGAGGGUCCAAAAAGCCAAGAAAACGAUGGUAAUGGACAUAACUCACAAGAUGUUUCAAGAGGGAACUGGUGGCAAGGUUCUCUUUAUUACUAAAGAACCAGUUUCAAGAACCAGUUUCUUUAGUUUCUUUGUAUAUCUUUCAUGAAGCUCAAGCCAACGUACUAAUUAUCCACUAAACCAAGACUUUUGUAUAAAUAAGUUUAUGAAGAACAAAAGACAAUAUAUUAGACGAUAAUAUUGAAAGAAAUCUCCUAGUAAAAGUGUGUUGAUAAUGAACUGUAUCAGUAUUUACUCUGCUUUUCUC